AUGAACACACUCAUGUUGGUCGGCGACAUCGUCGAAAAAGAGACGCCACCCGCGAAGCCCCCUGUCGUAUUCGACGACAUCGACGCCGCCCCGACCGGCUUCCCCGCACACAAGAAGCGCACCCGCGUGUCCGCCUUCAAGCAGCAGCGACAGGGCAAGCCCAUUACUGGCGCCCAGACAGCGGCGGCAACGAGCUCAAUCUCUGCACCGCAACCAGACGAUAAUGGCGGCGGCAGCGACUCACAAAAGUCCUUCGAGGCCGCCGAGCGCCGCCGGAUCGAUCGCGAGAACAGACAGAAACUAGAGGACAUGAGCCCAGACGACAUCGCGAGGGAGAGGAGGGAACUGAUGGAAUCGCUCGACCCGUCGCUCAUCCAACGCCUCCUCGGCAGGGCCAACAUCGAUGAGCAACACGGUCCGAAUCCCUUCGAUCCGCCCGCCGCGGAAGAUACCAAGGCCAAAGGGGCGCCGGCUCCGGCGCCAGAGAUCAAGAUCGAAGACACCUCUGCGCCGCCGCAACCCCAGGCCGAGCCCCGGCCAGCAUCAAAGUCAGCUCCAAAAUCCGUGUCCUUUGCCGAGGUCGAGGACUCGGAGCCCUCGCCACGGCCCCUCGCGAACGAAGACAACCCCCCCUCGGCGCCCCCGGAAGACCUCUUCCCGCUCAACUCUCAGCCCGACAAGACGCACUUCCCCCAGCCGCCCGCCCUUCCCGACCUUGAUCCAUCCCACCCGGAUUUCCUCGCGACCCUCCACGAGAAGUUCUUCCCGAACCUCCCCGCCGACCCAAGCAAGCUCGCGUGGAUGGCGCCCAUCCCCACCGCCCACAGCCCGGCGGACCGCGAGUCCCCUUACUACCCGGGCCAGCCCUCGCUGCCCAUCUCGGCGCUGCGCUUCGACUUUAAGGGCGGCCUGAUUCCGCCCAAGCUGAGCAGGUCGAUCCCCGUGUCCAAGGGGCUGCACCACCACGGCCAGGCGCCCGAGGCGGCCGGGUACACGAUCGAAGAGCUGGCCAUCUAUGCGCGGAGCGCUGUUCCGGCGCAGCGCUGCGUCGCGUUCCAGACACUGGGCCGGAUACUGUACAGGCUGGGAAAGAGCGAAUGGGGCAACGGCGAGGAGGACAGCCUGGCGAGGGGCAUAUGGAGCAGCAUUCAGGAGGGGCGGGUGCUGGAAAGCCUGUCGGAGGCGGCCAUCGUCGAGGGCGGCCACAGAGGCAGCCGCGCGUAUGCGACGGAAGCGCUUUGGCUGUUUGAGAAGGGCGGCUGGAGAGAGCAGUGGUCUGGGAGGUAA